AUGAGAGGUCUACCAUCAGGAAACUUAUGGCAACUGACCCGACGUUUUCUCGCCGAGAUCACAGCAGCUUUCGUGGCCAACUUUCCAAUCAUGUACCACGAUUACACUCGCAAAUACGAACCGUUUGUCAGUGGUCUGUUGGUAGGCAGUGUUGUCUACUGCGCGAUCUUCACCACCUUUGUCAUUUGCGGCGCUCAAAUAAAUCCAAUGACGACUCUAGCUGUCAUUCUCUCUCGUCGAAUGUCCAUUAUCUACGUACCCAUGUACCUGAUUGCACAGAUGGCUGGAACGCUUCUGUCCCUCUACAUUGGUUUAAGCAUAUCUCCCUUCGUGUCGAAUCGAACACACAUUGGAAUGCCGAUGCCCGGACCUGGUGUAACUGACUUACAGGCUAUCGGCAUGGAAAUCAUCGUCACCUUCUUUCUGGAGCUGGCGAUUGUUGCUUUGCUCGAUGAACUUCGUCUUCCUUCAUUUCAUCCUAUGAACAGGAUAAACGCAUUUGUUUUGCUCGUAAUGGUCUUCUUUUGGAUUGACCUCAUUUCCCUUCCCAUCUCCGGCGCCUGCACAAAUCCGGCUAGGAGUUUGGCAGCUGUAAUUAUCAACUUCAACUUUGAAAGGCAAUACAUCUACUUGAUAGGCCCGCCAAUAGGAUCGGCUUUAUCGGUCAUGGUACAAGAGUUCUUCCUCUCUCCAGACGCCUCUAUGGCGCGACUUGUUGGUCUCUUCAACUUUCGCAAAUUCUUCAAUCGACGUGAAUUUUAUAGCAUACCACCAGCAACCAAUUUGCCUCCACAGACCCAAAACGCUAAUGUGGGGUUGGAGUACUUCCAAACAACUGCAACGCUCUCUACCCUCUCUGUUAAAUCCGCCGCCUCGGGCACCGAUUUUACCCGACUUCAGGUCAGACCUGUCUUCCCUAUUUCUUCGGAUUCGAGGUGGUCAAGGGAGAGCAGAGGGUCGUUUAAACUAAUUUUGACAAAGCCCUCGGAUGAGCGAAAUGAGCGACGCAAAACUUGA